AGGUCCCUUCACCAGGAACUUGACCUUGCGGGCGUUGGAACUGAGGCGGUCACCAGUGUCAAUGCCCAGCUUGAGGCACACCGCGCUGAUCAUACGGCGAAUCUGUCACCAAGAGAACCCAUUAACUUGCUGUGUGAGAGAGGCGGCGGAGUAUCCUGCUGUGGUGAUGGUGGCGUUGUGACCUACCCUUGACCUGCACAGCCUGCCCGCGCCCCCCACAGGGUCAAGAUGAAGGCCAUUUUGAAGUACAUUGAGGUGGAGAACUUCAAGUCUUACCGGGGCAUGUAUCAUGUGGGCCCCCUCAAGCCAUUCACGGCUGUCAUCGGCCCCAACGGCUCAGGCAAGUCAAAUUUCAUGGACGCCAUAUCGUUCGUGAUGGGAGAGAAGACGUCCAGUUUACGAGUGAAGCGACUGAGUGACCUGAUCCACGGCGCCUCCAUCGGCCAGCCCAUCUCCCGCUCCGCCCACGUCACCGCUGUCUUUGAGAUGGAGGACGGCCGGGAGAAACGGUUCACUCGCAUGGUCCAGGGCUCCUCCUCAGACCACAAGAUCAAUGGAGAGGUGGUCAGCAGCCAGACGUACCUGAAGGAGCUGGAGUCGCUGGGCAUCAACGUGAAGGGCAAGAACUUCCUAGUGUUUCAGGGAGCUGUGGAGUCCAUCGCCAUGAAGAACCCCAGGGAGAGGACCGCACUGUUUGAGGAGAUCAGCGGCUCUGGUGCCCUGAAGGAGGAGUAUGACCGUCUGAAGGGUGAGAUGCUGAAGGCGGAGGAGGACACACAGUUCACCUACCAGAAGAAGAAGGGCAUCGCUGCAGAGAGGAAGGAGGCCAAGCAGGAGAAGGAGGAGGCCGAGCGCUACCAGAGACUCAAGGAUGAACUGGGAGAGAAGCAGGUGGAGAUGCAGCUGUUCCGCCUGUACCACAAUGAGAAGGAGAUAGCGGAAUUUGAGAAGGAGGCGCGGAGGAAGCAUGGGGACUUGGAGAAGGUGGAGAAGAAGAAGGAGAAGGCGGAGGAGGUGCUGAAGGAGAAGAAGAAGGAGCAGACCAGAGUGUCCAGGGAAAUGGCCAAAAUGGAACAGGACAACAGGGAACUGGAGUCCGAGGUGAACAAGCGACGCCCAACAUUCAUCAAGGCGAAGGAGCGGGUGACACACAUGCAGAAGAAGGCAGACUCGGCGAGGAAGUCCCUGGGUCAGGCCAUCAAGGCGCACAACGCACACAUGGAUGACAUCAGGGAGCUGGAGAACGAACUGCAGGAGGUGGAGAAGAAGAGGGCAGAGUUUGAAGAUCAGGUGUCCCAGGAUUCAGAAAGUCAAGGCAAGAGUGUACAGCUGGAGGAGGUACAAGUGAAGGAGUACCACAAACUAAAGAAUGCGGCAGCCAGAAAGUCGGCUCAAUACCUCCAGGAACUUGACUCUAUCAAUCGGGAGCAGAAGUCAGACCAGGACCGCCUCGACAAUGCCCAGCGGAGGACGGCAGAGAUUGAGAACAGGCUGCGGCAGAAGGGACACGAGCUGGAGGAGGCACAGAAGAGGGUGGAGAAGCUCAUGGACCACAUACGCCAGUCGGAAACUUCUCUUGAAGAUCAGAAGAAGCUCAGACAGGAGCUGGUGUCCGAUGUGGGUUACAGCAAGGAGAGGAUCACACAGUUGCAGGAGCAGUUGGAGAGUGUGACGGAGCAGCUGGGUGACGCACGGGUGGACAAGCACGAGGACUCCCGCCGCAAGAAGAAGCAGGAGAUUGUGGAGAACUUCAAGCAGCUGUACCAGGGAGUGUAUGACAGGAUGAUCAACAUGUGCCAGCCCAUCCAUAAGAGGUACAAUGUGGCCAUCACCAAGGUGCUGGGCAAGUACAUGGAGGCCAUCGUGGUGGACACGGAGAAGACGGCCCGGCAGUGUGUGCAGUACCUGAAGGACCAGAUGCUGGACCCUGAGACCUUCCUGCCACUGGACUACAUCCAGGCCAAGCCGCUGAAGGAGCGCCUCAGGAACAUCAAGGACCCCCGCAACGUGAAGCUGCUGUACGAUGUGCUGCAGUACGAUCCCCCGGAGAUCAAGCGGGCUGUGCUGUUCGCCACAAACAAUGCGCUGGUGUGCGAGACGCCGGAGGACGCCUCCAAGGUGGCCUAUGACAUGGAGGACGGCCACCGCUACGACGCUGUGGCCCUCGACGGAACAUUCUUCUCCAAAUCCGGCAUUAUCUCUGGCGGCAGCUUGGACCUGGCACGCAAGGCCAAGCGGUGGGAUGAGAAGCACCUGUCCAACCUGAAGGCCUCCAAGGAGAAGCUGACGGAGGAGCUGCGGGAGGCCAUGAAGAAGUCCAGGAAGGAGUCUGAGCUGAAUACUGUGGAGUCGCAGGUGAGGGGCAUCGAGACCCGCCUCAAGUACUCCCGCACCGACAAGGAGACCACGGAGAAGCAGAUCGCACAGCUGCAGGUGGAGAUUGACCGGCUGAAGGGGGAGCUGGACACCUUCGAGCCACAGCUGCACGACAUAGAGAAGACCAUGUCGGAGCGGGAGGCGCUGAUGAGCGACGUCAAGGAGAAGAUGAACACCGUGGAGGACGUAGUCUUCGCAGACUUCUGCAAGAGCAUCGGUGUGACCAACAUCCGGCAGUAUGAGGAGCGGGAGCUGCAGGCGCAGACCGACCGUGCCAACAGACGCUUCGAGUUUGAGAAGCAAAAGAACAGAAUCCUCAACCAGCUGGAGUUUGAGCGGUCCAGGGACACACAGAGCAAUGUGGCGCGCUGGGAGCGGGCCGUGCAGGAUGACGAGGAUGCCCUGGAGCAGGCCAAGCAGGCUGAGCAGAAGCAGAUGGCAGAGAUAGACAAGUCAAUGAGGGAGCUGGACAAGAAGCGAUCGGAGAAGCUGGCCAAGAAGUCCGAGCUGGAUGAGAUGGACGAGGAGAUCGGGAAGGCGCGGCGAGAGGUGGGCACCAUCGCCAAGGACAUCCAGAGUGUUCAGAAGCAGAUCAACUCAACGGAACACAAGAUGGAGCAGAAGAGAGGAGAGAGACACUCCAUCCUGAAGCAGUGCAAGAUGGACGACAUUCUGCUGCCCAUGACUCGCGGCAACAUGGAGGACAUAGAAAACGAGGGCAGGGAGGCGGGGGAAUCCACCUUAGAGUACUUCGGGAUGAACACACAGAUGAUGUACGAGAAGGAGUCCCGCAUAGUGAUGGACUACUCGCUGCUGUCCGAGACCCACAAGGAGCUGGACGAUGCCGAUGAUGUGCACAAGGCGGAGAAACGCAUGCAGAAACACAUCAACGACCUCAUGAACACCAUCCAGCGCAUCCAGGCGCCUAACAUGAAGGCGAUGCAGAAGCUGGACCUGGCGCGGGAGAAGCUGCAGGAGACCAACUCAGAAUUUGACAACGCCCGGAAAAGAGCCAAGAAAGCCAAGCAGGCGUUUGAGCGAGCCAAGAAGGAACGCUACGACAAGUUCAUGGCUUUCUUUGAGCACGUGUCCAACGAGAUUGACGGCAUCUAUAAGGCUUUGGCCAAGAACCCGUCAGCACAAGCGUUCCUGGGGCCAGAGAACCCUGAGGAGCCUUACCUGGACGGCAUCAACUACAACUGUGUAGCGCCCGGCAAACGGUUCCAGCCCAUGUCCAACCUGUCUGGCGGGGAGAAGACCAUCGCUGCCCUGGCCCUGCUCUUUGGCAUCCACAGUUACCAGCCGGCUCCAUUCUUUGUGCUGGAUGAGAUCGAUGCAGCGCUGGACAACACCAACAUUGGCAAGGUGGCGUCCUACAUCCGGGAGAAGAAGGAGCAACUGCAGACCAUUGUUAUCUCACUCAAGGAAGAGUUUUACCAGAACGCUGAUGCUCUCGUCGGGAUCUGCCCUGAUCCUGGGGAGUGCCUGAUCAGCAAGGUGUUGACGCUGGACAUGGAGUGGUACCCGCUGCAGAAGGUGCCAGAGACAGUUGGUCCAUUUGGCCCCCAGUGAGGAGGAAGCACAAGAAUGAAGGAGGAGGAGGAGGAGUGCCAGCAGUAAGAUGACCAAGAGGAGAAGAGAAGCAGAGACCAGUAGUGUUUUUAUAAUAGUGGCAGAUUGUGAAGGGAUUAGUUGUAUGUUUGUGUUAGGCAGCAGUUAAGUCUCCUGUGUACCGUUGUGUGACUCCCAGUGAUGGAUGAACAGUGUGUGUGUGUGGUAAGUAUAGUGUUUUGAGUCAAUGGUGAAAGAGAGGCUGUGAUGAGUGAGUGUGUUUUUUGAGUCUAUGGUGAAAGAGAGGCUGUGAUGGGUGAUUGUGUUUUGAGUCUAUGGUGAAAGAGAGGCUGUGACGAGUGAGUGUGAUUCAUACUUUGUAGUGAGAGAGUAACAAGUGAAGGUAAAUCAUAUAAAAUAGCCUAUAUUAGGUUAACACUUCAUUUUAAAAUACAAAUAAAUGUUCUUUAGGUUUUUACUCUAUUGUGUAUAUAUAAAUUUUAUAUAUAUGAAUGUCCCGGCUGACUUAUCACUUCUUUUAGUCUGGAAUGCUAACUCUAUGAUGCCAGCUGGUGACUCCCUUAAUGGUAUAUUAGUGCCCCUAAUGAGACAUUACUAGUAUUGUUAGUUGAAUGUUUGUGUUUGUGUGUAUGAUGUGUUUUGUUAUUUUUUUUGUAAAUUUUGAUGGCUUUGUUUUGUGUGUCUGUGGGGGGGAGGGAGGGUCUGUGGUGAGUGACUGUGGGUUUGUAAACAUACUGUGGGCGGUGGAUAUGAGAGAGAGAGAGAGAGAGAGAGAGAGAGAGAGAGAGAGAGAGAGAGAGAGAGAGAGAGAGAGAG